CUGCAUUUAUUCCCUUUUCUCCUCCUCAUCUUCCCCAUAUAAUACUUUUAGAAGUUUUACUCUUUCUUUCUUUCUAGCUAUUUUAUUCCAAGUAUUACUAAAGCCAUGCUGUUCACUGAUCCGACGAUGUUUUGCUCCAAUCCGAUGGUCGAAAUUGAUUCAUUUCCGCCCCCGGAAAGCGGGUGGGAUUGCUCCCAACUUUUUUCCACUACCCAACCAGUAGGACCCGCCGGUUCGGCUUCCGCUUCAAGUGGACCAAACCGAAACCAAACCCUCUCCAAUUCCAAUUCCGGUUUGGAUGAGUCAAGCCAAACGAUUUCCAUCAUCGACGAGCGAAAGCGCAGACGAAUGAUAUCGAACCGGGAAUCAGCCAGGAGGUCACGGAUGCGUAAACAGAAGCACUUAGAAAACCUAAGGAACCAGGCGAACCGCCUUAGAAUGGAGAACCGACAACUGACCAACCGUUUGAGGUUCCUUUUGUACCACUGUCACCGUGUGAGGACCGAAAACGACCGCCUCCGAUCUGAACAGAGUAUGCUCCGACAAAAAUUGUCGGACAUACAACAAAUAUUGCAUUUCAAGCAACUGCAGCAGUUUUCAUCAUCCGCAUGGCCAUGCAAUAACGUUACAGUCAUGUCCGAACAAACUACACCAUUAAUCAUCUAAACGUGUACCUACAUAAAACUUUACAAUAACUUCAUCAAAAUUCUCUCCAAAAACAGAAGCUGGCUAAUCUCUAUCUAUCUUCUACCUUUACGUAAAUUGAAACAGGU